UGAAUUAUUACACUCUUGAUUCAUUUUCUGUUGUAUUUUUAAUGCGAACUGCUAUAGUAAUUAGGGUUUGAGUUGUAUGAUAUUAGUUCUGCUGCUUUUAGAUAUAUUCAAGGGAUUAGAUUGGGGUUUUUAGUUCAGUUUUUGUUGGCUCUGUCCAUUCUUUUAUGAAUCGGUGGUUGACAGACAUUUGUUGCUUUUAUUGGAAUUGCUUUAGAACAUUGAUUGAAUAGGUUUCUGGAGUGGAGAACGAUCAUCCAGCCAUAGAAGAAGUUCGCCGAAGAAGCUGAGAAUUGAACCUCUUAAACCUUACAACCAAUCCACAGAGGAUCAAAAAUCACCACCCGUAACCUAUCAAUGGACCCAAACAUGGCCUUGGAUUUGGUGAAGCAGGGCGCUACCCUUCUUCUUCUCGAUGUUCCUCAAUACACUCUCAUUGGUAUAGAUACCCAGAUGUUCUCAUCGGGUCCUAACUUUAAUGGUGUGAAGAUGAUUCCGCCUGGAGUACACUUUGUCUACUACAGCUCGUCUGAUAAGGGAGGCAGCCAGUUUUCUGCCAUUGUUGGUUUCUUCAUUGAUGCGAGCCCUUCACAGGUGAUUGUUCGAAAAUGGGAGCAAAAGGAAGAGAGGUUUGUCAAGUUGUCAGAAGAGGAGGAAGGGAGAUACUCUGAUGCAGUUAGAAGGUUAGAAUUUGAUAAGAAGCUUGGACCAUACACCUUGAGUCAAUAUGGGGCUUGGAAGAAUUUAUCCAACUAUAUUACGAAAGACACUAUUGAGCGCAUUGAACCUAUUGGAGGAGAAAUCACAAUUGCCUGUGAACCUGACAUGGUAGGAAGAUCCUCUAAGACAAUAAUGGAAGAAAAGAUGUCUGAGCAGUUAACAAAUAACAGGUUUGCAACAUCUGAGGAGAAGUCCAAAAGAAGGGGUUGUUAUUAUACUACAAUUCCUCGGGUUGUCAAAUACAAGGGCAUGUCUGGCCAGGAGCUCACUAAUUUGAAUGUUGACAAGACACAGCUAUUGGAAAGCAUAUUGAUGAAAGAAUAUGGUGGCGAUGAAAAUGCACUUCUUGCAGAAUUACAGUUUGCGUUCAUAGCAUUUCUGAUGGGUCAAUCACUUGAGGCUUUUCUUCAGUGGAAGCUUUUGUUGACUUUGUUGUUUGGCUGCACAGAAGCUCCUCUUCGCACCAGGAGCCGGCUAUUCACAAAGUUUGUUAGGAUCGUGUUUUACCAGUUAAAAUAUGGAUUUAAAAAGGAUGAAAAUGACAUUGGUGCAAUGCGUGAAGGAGUGCCAGCUUUGUUGGAUGAAUCUUGGCUAUCUUCUGAUAGCUUUCUGCAUCACCUUUGCAAGGAAUUUUUUUCGGUGGUGCUAGAAGCUCCGGUUGUCGAUGGAGAUCUUCUCUCAUGGACAAGAAAAUUGAAAUCACUAGUGGAGGACACUUUAGGAUGGGCAUUCAGGCCGAAGAGCAGCAGCACAGGUGAUGGAAUUUACUUUGAUGAAGAUGAUGAGUAUGCCCCGGUGGUAGAGUUUACAAACGAUACAGACGAAUACAUGGUUGGAUGAAUUGAACUCAACAUGUGGCUGUGUGAAUUCUCCAGGCAGGCAGGCAGGCAAUACAAAGAACACACAUAUACAGAUUUCAGAUUGAUCCAAAUCUUGACCACAAAUAUCACAUUAUCACUCACUGUAAGUAUAGCUCUGCAUAGCAAUAAGUUGUUCUACUUUCAAUUUCGUAGACCGACUGACUGACUGACUGACUGACUGACGUACUUAUGCAUUGUGUGCAAGUGCUACAACAAAACUACAUUUUGUAUAUUAGACAUGUUCGAUACAAAACUGAAAUUUGCCCGAGUUUUUUUUUCUGUCACGUCCUGCUAAGAAUCUAUUCAUUUUUUCUUUCUU